AUGGCUGCCGCCGGCCAGACUGAGGAGUGUUUACCACUGCCGGCGGCAGCCCCAUCCAAGCCAGCCUCACCGGCUUUACCGCCAGCGGUUCCCGCCCGAAAGAAGACUAAGAAAUGUCUGGUGUAUCCGCACCCCCCGAGGAGCUCCCGCCUGUCGCGUUCGGUCCUGCGCUGGCUCCAGGGGCUGGAUCUCAGCUUCUUCCCUAGGAACAUCACCAGGGAUUUUUCAAAUGGCUACCUAGUUGCAGAGAUAUUUUGUAUAUAUUACCCCUGGGACCUUAGAUUAUCAUCCUUUGAAAACGGAACCUCCUUAAAAGUCAAGUUGGAUAACUGGGCACAAAUAGAGAAGUUUCUAGCAAAGAAAAAAUUUAAACUACCUAAAGAACUAAUCCAUGGAACAAUUCACUGUAAAGCCGGGGUGCCCGAAAUAAUGAUCCAGGAGGUGUACACUUUACUAACACAUCGAGAAAUUAAAUGUGUCCAGGAUGACUACGCCAAUUUCACAGACUAUAGUUACCAAAUGCGUUUGCCGCUCGUUCCCAGGUCUACAGUUUCAAAGUUUAUUAAGGAUAACAUUAGGUUAUCAGAGUUACUGAGCAAUCCUAAUAUGCUCAGCAAUGAACUCAAGAUAGAAUUCCUCUUCCUUUUACAAAUGUUGCAAAGAAAAUUAAGCAGAAAAUUGAACCCAGGGUGGUUUAACGUCAAACCAACUGUGGGAGAAAUUACAAUUGAUCAUCUUCCUGCACAGGGCUAUGGGCACAGAUAUAAACGAAAGGUUUCUAAGGAAAAACCUGUGUCUGUUUUACAAAAAUCAAGCAAUGAUGACAGUAUACAUAGAGAAAUUAAGGUGAAGCAAAGUGGAAAACCUUGUGAGUCUGUCACAAAACCCAUGAGAAAUGUGGAAGAAACAACGACGGACCCAUGUGAAGUACAUUUGAAGAAGUAAUGUCACUAACACCUACCACAAUAUGAGAACAUAAUG